AAAAAAACUAAACGUACAGCAAAAAAAAAAAUUUAAGCAGCCCAAAUUCCUCAAAUCCAAUCAAUGGCAACAUUACAAAGCUGGGUCUCAACUCUCUCCAACCAAUUGUCUUUGCAGAGCUUAGCAUCAAAUAAUCGGUCUGCAGUAAUCCAUUCAUCGGCCGUCAAGGCAAACCCAAGGGAUGAAUUACUUCAGAAUGAAAAUGAUUGUUCAAAGAGAGGUCUGAUUCUAGUUGGCAUGGGAGCAUUGACUGCGAGCAUGCUGCCAUCAAAUAUUGCAUCAGCUGAAGGAGUACCAGACAAAUACCAAGCUUUUGUAGAUAUUACAGAUGGAUAUUCGUACUAUUACCCCUCUGAUUGGAGGGAAUUUGAUUUUCUAGGUCAUGAUUCAGCAUUCAAAGAUCGCUUUGCAGCAUUGCAACAUGUUAGAGUCGGUUUCAUUCCAACCGAGAAAAAAGAUGUUCAUGAUUUGGGCCAAAUGGAAGAGGUCAUUUUUAAUUUAGUUAAAAACGUAUAUGCUGCACCAACUCAAGUACCAACCAUAUAUGACAUUCAGGAGCGAACAGUCGAUGGAAAGAAUUACUGGACAUUUGAGUAUGAACUUGAAUCUCCAAACUUUUCCCGAACUGCGUUUGCAACCAUAGCUAUCGGCAAUGGACGGUACUAUACUUUGGUUGUUGGGGCAAAUCAAAGGCGAUGGAGCAGAGUACGGAAUAAACUCAAGGUGGUAGCAGAUUCUUUCAAGAUGCUUGACAUAUGAAGUCAACAGGCUCAUAUAUUAGCUGAGUUCAGCUUUGUGCGACGAUCAGAAGCUUGUUUUCCUUGUGCGUAUACUUUUCUUCAACCUGCAUGUUCUGCAGAAUUCGACAAAUAUGGCAAUCAUUUACAUACGCUUAUAUCUUGUAAUCACCAGAUUCUGGGAAUUUGCAGUUUUUUUUCCUUUUAA